AUGCCUCCAAAGAAGUUUAAAGAUCUAAAUUCCUUCCUUGACGAUCAGCCAGCGGACCCAAAUAUGGUCGCUUCCCCAUUUGGUGGCUAUUUUAAGAACCCUGCUGCCGAUGCUGACAGUACUAUAGCCUCAAACAAAAGCAGUUACCAACAACAACGUAACUGGAAACAGAGCAGCAACUAUUCUCAACAGGGUGGUCAUCAGUCACAGAACAACAAUAGCAAAUACAAUAACCAAAGCUAUCAGAAAUCUAGUUACAAGCAAUCAGCUGUAACGCCAAACCAGAGUGGAACUCCAACCCCAUCUGCUUCUACUACUUCUCUAACCUCUCUGAAUGAAAAGCUUUCUAACUUAGAGUUAACGCCGAUCUCUCAAUUUUUGUCAAAGAUUCCUGAGUGUCAGAGCAUCACAGAUUGCAAAAAUCAAAUCAAACUAAUCAUUGAAGAAUUUGGCAAAGAAGGUAACGGUACAGGUAAAAGAAUCGAAGAAUGGAAGAUCAUCGACGUUCUAUCUAAAUUCAUCAAGCCCAAGAAUCCACCAUUAGUCAGAGAAUCCGCCAUGCUAGUCAUUUCUAAUAUUGCGCAAUUUUUCAGCGGCAAACAUCCACAAGAAGCUUAUCUAUUGCCAUUCUUCAAUGUCGCCCUUGACUGCGUUUCUGACAAAGACAACACUGUCAAACGCGCAGCACAGCAUGCUAUUGAUUCUUUAUUGAAUUGCUUUCCUAUGGAAGCUCUAACUUGUAUUGUGUUGCCAACAAUUCUAGAUUACUUGUCAUCUGGUGCCAAAUGGCAAGCUAAGAUGGCCGCUUUGACUGUCAUAGAUAGAAUAAGAGAAGACUCUGCAAACGAUUUAUUGGAAAUAACUUUCAGGGAUACCGUCCCAGUUUUGACUGACGUGGCUACCGAUUUCAAGCCAGAAUUGGCUAAACAAGGUUACAAAACAUUAUUGGACUAUGUUUCUAUUCUCGAUAACUUAGAUUUGUCUCCUCGUUACAAAUUGAUCGUGGAUACUCUACAAGAUCCAUCCAAGGUUCCUGAGUCUGUUAAAUCCCUAUCUAGUGUUACAUUUGUUGCUGAAGUCACUGAGCCCUCUCUAUCUCUGUUGGUUCCCAUUUUAAACAGAUCCUUAAAUCUGUCUUCAUCAUCCCAAGAACAAUUAAGACAAACCGUCAUUGUGGUGGAGAACUUGACAAGGUUAGUGAAUAACCGUAAUGAAAUCGAAAGUUUCAUUCCUCUUCUACUUCCUGGUAUUCAAAAGGUUGUUGACACUGCCUCCUUACCAGAAGUUCGUGAAUUAGCUGGAAAGGCUCUUGAUGUUUUAAAGGAAGAUGAUGAGGCUGAUAAGGAGAACAAAUUCUCAGGUAGAAUGACCUUACAAGAAGGUAGAGAUUUCUUGCUUGAUCACCUCAAGGACAUUAAAGCCGAUGAUUCGUGCUUUAUCAAGCCUUACAUGAACGACGAGACAGUCGUUAACUACAUGAGCAAACUCUUAACCGUGGAUUCCAACGUCAACGAUUGGAAAAGACUUGAAGAUUUUUUGACCGCCGUUUUUGGUGGUUCAGACUCUCAGAGAGAGUUCGUCCAACAAGGCUUUAUCCAUGAUUUGAGAUCCCUAUUUUACCAAGAAAAAGAAAGCACAGAUGAGGAUGAAGGUAUUGAGAUUGUCAACACUGAUUUUUCCCUAGCUUACGGUUCCAGAAUGCUACUGAAUAAAACAAACUUGCGCCUUUUGAAAGGUCAUCGUUAUGGUUUAUGUGGUAGAAAUGGUGCUGGUAAAUCCACUUUGAUGAGAGCAAUCGCUAACGGUCAAUUGGAUGGAUUUCCUGAUAAGGAUACACUACGUACUUGUUUCGUUGAACAUAAACUGCAAGGUGAAGAGGGUGAUCUUGACUUAGUUUCAUUUAUUGCUCUGGAUGAUGAAUUGCAAUCUACUUCUCGUGGAGAAAUUGCAAAUGCUUUGGAAUCUGUCGGUUUUGACGAAGAGAGAAGAGCCCAAACCGUUGGAUCUUUAUCCGGUGGUUGGAAAAUGAAAUUGGAACUAGCAAGAGCUAUGUUGCAAAAGGCCGAUAUUUUAUUGUUGGAUGAACCCACCAAUCAUUUAGAUGUUUCAAAUGUUAAGUGGUUAGAAGAAUAUUUACUGGAACAUACCGAUAUCACAUCGCUAAUUGUUUCCCAUGACUCUGGUUUCCUAGAUUUAGUCUGUACUGAUAUCAUUCAUUAUGAAAACAAGAAGUUAGCAUACUACAAGGGUAACUUGGCUGCAUUCGUUGAACAGAAGCCUGAAGCUAAGUCCUACUAUACUUUGACAGAUUCCAACGCUCAAAUGCGCUUCCCACCCCCAGGUAUUUUAACUGGUGUCAAGUCGAGUACUAGAGCUGUCGCUAAGAUGACUGAUGUCACCUUCGCUUAUCCAGGCGCUCAGAAACCUUCAUUAAGUGAUGUUUCUUGUUCAUUGUCCUUGUCUUCUCGUGUGGCUUGUUUAGGCCCAAAUGGUGCCGGAAAAUCUACCUUAAUCAAAUUGCUAACAGGUGAAUUGGUUCCAAAUGAAGGUAAAGUGGAAAAACAUCCAAACUUACGUAUCGGUUACAUCGCUCAACACGCAUUGCAACACGUCAACGAACACAAAGAGAAGACAGCUAACCAAUAUUUACAGUGGCGUUAUCAAUUCGGUGAUGAUCGUGAAGUCUUGUUGAAGGAGUCUAGAAAAAUAUCCGAAGAUGAAAAGGAAAUGAUGACAAAGGAAAUUGACAUUGAUGACGGUAGAGGUAAGAGAACCAUUGAAGCUAUCGUUGGUAGACAAAAAUUGAAGAAGUCUUUCCAAUAUGAAGUCAAAUGGAAAUAUUGGAAGCCAAAAUACAACUCUUGGGUUCCAAAGGAUGUAUUAGUUGAACACGGUUUUGAUAAACUAGUUCAAAAAUUUGACGAUCAUGAAGCUUCCAGAGAAGGUUUGGGUUACCGUCAAUUGAUUCCUUCGGUGAUCACCAAGCAUUUCGAAGACGUUGGUCUUGACUCUGAAAUUGCUAAUCACACUCCACUAGGUUCCUUAUCUGGUGGUCAAUUAGUCAAGGUUGUUAUUGCAGGUGCUAUGUGGAACAACCCUCAUUUACUUGUUCUGGAUGAACCUACCAAUUAUUUGGACAGAGAUUCUCUCGGUGCUUUGGCCGUUGCUAUUCGUGACUGGAGUGGUGGUGUCGUUAUGAUUUCGCAUAACAACGAAUUUGUCGGUGCUUUGUGUCCUGAACAAUGGAUCGUGGAGAACGGUAAAAUGGUUCAAAAGGGCACUGCACAAGUUGAUCAAUCUAAGUUUGAAGAUGGUGGUAAUGCCGAUGCCGUGGGCCUAAAAGCUGCUAACUUUGCCAAACCAUCUGUCGAUGACGAUGAUUCCCCUGCUAACAUCAAGGUCAAACAAAGAAAGAAGAGAUUAACAAGGAACGAAAAGAAGGUGCAAGUUGAACGUCGCCGUCUACGUUACAUUGAAUGGUUAUCAUCUCCAAAGGGUACACCAAAACCAGUUGAUACUGACGAUGAAGAAGAUUGA